UUACCCCUGUCCUUCCAUUGGUGCCUGGGCGGAGCCGCCCCCUCUGCUGGGGCCCCAGGGCAGGAGGGAGUAGAGGCUGGGGCAGAGGGCGAGGGCGGAGGGCGCAGGCGGCGGAGGCCGCAGAAGAUGAGCAGCAGCUGCUCAGGGUUGAGCAGGGUCCUGCUUGCCUUGGCUGUAGCCCUGGUGUCCGCCGCCUCCCCCUGUCCCGAGGCCUGGGGCCCCCCAGGGGUCCAGUAUGGGCAGGCUGGCAGGCCCAUGACACUGUGUUGCCCUGGAGUGACUGCUGGGGCCCCGGUGUCCUGGUUUCGGGACGGGGAGACGAGACUGCUCCAGGGACCUGACUCUGGGCUAGGGCAUGAACUGGUCUUGGCCCGGGCAGACAGCACCGACGAAGGCACCUACAUCUGCCGGACCCUGGAUGGUGCACUUGGGGGAAUUGUGACCCUGCAGCUGGGCUACCCCCCAGCCCGCCCUGUUGUCUCCUGCCAAGCAGCUGACUAUGAGAACUUCUCUUGCACUUGGAGUCCCAGUCAGGUCAGCGGUUUACCCACCCGCUACCUCACCUCCUACAGGAAGAAGACCGUACCAGGAGCUGAUGGCGUGAGGAUGAAUCCAUCCACAGGGCCCUGGUCAUGCCCGCAGGAUCCUCCAGGGGCUGCCCGCUGUGUAGUCCAUGGGGCAGAGUUCUGGAGCCAGUACCGAAUAAAUGUGACUGAGGUGAACCCGCUGGGGGCCAGCACACGCCUGCUGGAUGUGAGCUUGCAGAGCAUCUUGCGCCCUGACCCACCCCAGGGGCUUCGGGUAGAGUCAGUUCCUGGCUACCCCCGCCGCCUGCAUGCCAGCUGGACAUACCCUGCCUCUUGGCCCCGCCAGCCCCACUUUCUGCUCAAGUUCCGACUGCAGUACCGUCCAGCGCAGCAUCCGGCCUGGUCCACGGUGGAGCCAGCUGGAUUGGAGGAGGUGAUCACGGACGCCGUGGCUGGGCUGCCCCACGCUGUACGAGUCAGUGCCCGGGACUUUCUGGACGCUGGCACAUGGAGUGCUUGGAGUCCUGAGGCCUGGGGAACUCCGAGCACUGGGCCUUUGCUGAAGGAGAUGCCAGCUGAGGGACAGCUACAGAAGCCCCUGGAGAAAGAGCCUCAGGCAGACAGCCCCGCUCCCCCCAGGCCCUCCCUCCUGCCAGACCCACAGCCACUUGACCACAGAGACCCGCUGGAGCAGGUAGCAGUGUUGGCAUCUUUGGGAAUCUUCUCUUUCCUGGGACUGGCAGCUGGGGCCCUGGCACUGGGGCUCUGGCUGAGACUGAGACCAGAUGGGAAGGAUGGACCCCAAAAGCCUGGGUUCUUGGCUCCAGUGAUUCCAGUAGACAAGAUUCCAGGGCUGCCAUUUCGCUUGGCUUCUAAGCCCUGGACAGAGAAGCUGGAGAGAGGGGUAGUGCCUGAUAUGAAGACUGAUGGUACAGUGACUGACCUGCCUGUCUUAUCAGGAAAAAUUGAUGGGUAUGGAUCCUUAAAGCAAGCUCUGCUGGCUGAGGAUGAGUCUUGGCUAGGACAGUCACAUCCAGAGUGAGGAGCUGGGUGCUACUGGGGUACCUUUGGGAUGCUGAGGUGAGGGCUGCUUUACCCAGGGAGAUGAGACAGGGCGGAAGGAUGGGGUGGAUAAGGCGGAAAGAUAAGAGAAGAUAAAGUUCUUUGGUGCCAGGUUGCUGCUGUCAAACAAGAAAAAGACCCAAGAAAUCUUACCUUCCUAUUUUUGCCUGGUCCUAUCCCAGAAAUAGCAGCCUCUUGCCAGCAGGGGCCUGGGUGUUCCAGACUCAGUCCUGGCUUAUUGAGAUAUCAGACUCAAGAGCUCAAUUACUUCUCUUUUGUUCUAUUCAAAUUCCAGCCUCUCCCUGCUGCCCACCCAGAUCCAGUAACACCCGCCCCCAACCCUUAUACAUUUUGCAUCCCAUCAUCUUGCUAAAACCCUAACUUCUCCUCUCCUUCCUGUCUCUUGUCUCCUAAUUGCGUUUCCAGCCCCCACUCCCUUCUUCCCCUUACCCCCUAAAGCAAAAGUCCUCCUCCUCCUCUUGUCCUUUCCAGGAAGCCAGGGAUUGCCUGUGGUGGGGACAAGCUGCUAAAUUUAGUGCCUCUGGCACCUUGAAUUUCCCACUCCUGGUCUGGGGAUUUCAAUCCUCAACUCCUGCUUUCUUUUUGAAACAUAAACUGAGUCAUAACCUAGUAAUCCAGACCUUAUCUGGUUGUUGUAAGGGUGCCUUCUGCAGCAUUCUGCUCUGUGGCCAGCUCUCCUCUAAGGGACAGGCCUUCUCUGGGGAUAGGGACGCAAACCUAUCCUGGGCAUCUUGCUGCUGCAGGGCUGCUGAAACAAGUGGGAGGGACCAUCCGUUCCAAGAGUAAGAACUAGUUCCCGUCCCAUGCUGACCAACUCGAGCUUCUCCUCCUUCCUGUCCAGCAUGAGGCCUGAAGGCCCUUUCCUGGAGUUUGUCUUGUGGAUACUCAGGAAUUCUGACAGUGUCCUGGUGAGGUGUCGGCCCAGGGCUGGACAGGGCACUCCACUUUUGACAGGGUUCUUGAUGUAGACAUUCUGAGGAAAUGGCUCAGGAACCUGAGUCCGUUCUUGAAGGUGGCCACAACCCAGAGGUCACUCAUCUUGAACUGCUAGUACCAGAGGCCUUGGAGUCUCUCUCCCACCCUCCAGUCUGGACUUGUGCCCCAGAGCUUGGGUGCAGCUCUUGGGAUACCAUUUACUUAUCCCAGAUCUCCAUCAGCUGGUUGUCUGCCACAUACUUUGUGGUCUUUCCUGGACCAAUCGGUCCAGAUACCUGGGAAGACAAGAAAUGAAUUCUUCCAGGUAUGCACCCAUCUCUCCCCUUUGGCUGUGCUGGGGGGAGCCCAAGGCUGAAAGUUAGCUUUGCCCCAUAAAUUGGGCUGUCUCUUUUAACUUAAUCUUCCCUGUACCUUUUCUGGUGCUGCGUCUCCUCCCUAACUGAAAGCAGGCCCACUAGGAGUCCCUCACCCUCAGCACUUCAGGAGCUAGAGAGUCUCAGGUCAACUAGGUGACAAGACAGGGGUGGCAGGGAGCUGUGGCCUUUGGGUUCUCCUAGGGAUAGAGCAAGAACUGCUAGGUAAGCUGAUGCCAAGUGUCUUUAACCUGGGAAACACUGGGGGAGCCAGAAGUUGUGGUAUUAAUUGUAGGAAAGAUCUCCCAACCAUCCAAAGUCACUCCCCUGUGGCAGGCUGAGGGAGUCAGCAUCUAGGAAUCCUCUCCUCCUCUCACAGCCUACCUCCUACAACUCUGGGCUUACAGUAGUUUAGAUUCACUCUCAGAAGAAGAUUCUCCAAGACACCUGGCCAAGCACUGUCUAGAAGGAAGGUGGAACACAUCAAUGUGGGGAUAGGCUGGGAGGAAGACGGGGACAGGGCUACUUAGUUCCCAGCAUAUAGGCUAUUUACAGUGAAGUGUGUGUGUGGGGGGGGGGAGGGGUUAGGUGGCGCAGGGCAGUCAGUGACAGUAAUGGGAGGCCUGACACUGAGAAGGGAUCCUUAGUAAUAACCGGGGCCAGGAUAUGGAAGGGCACCCUAUCAGGGAGGGAAGCCCUGUCAGUAAC